AAUGGAGCUCAUGGGUAAAACUGUUUUAGUCAUUUUCGGACUCUUUUCUGGUACAACCCUCGUGUACAUCGUGGCCGGCCUUGAGUGCGGUGUUCUCGUCAUCACCAUCAUUGUCCUCCUCCUGUACCUCAGAGGGAAACGACGACAUCGCAAUGCAGAUAUGUCACUAUUGGCUACUGGAGCGUCUCUCCGCAACCCUGAAUCCUCCUCAGGGAAUAUGUACACCGAGAUCGGACCUUCUAAACCACCCCUCCAACAGACUGACAGUAACUCGUCGCACCUCUACAGUACAAUAGCACCAGGUGCCACGGGGACAAACGAUGACACCCAGACGAAUGCAAACAGAGAGUCCUCUCUGCCCACCAACGCCACUGGGUACAUCGACAUGACGUCAAACAACGUCACCACGUCAGUUGACGCCAUCACUCAGCACCUCUAUUCAGACGUCCCUCGAGAGACACCGGCGGUUACAAACAGCCGUUUACAAAACCCUGUGUAUGAGAACGUAGCGGAGGAUUACAUCAACGAGGCUUUUGAAGAUGAGGACUAGGCAGCAGUGGGCGGCACUGUACCAACGUAUUUUAAGUACCAUCACAACUGUGUUCAUAAGACUCUGAUUAAUCAUGUCAUGACUCUGAUAAUAAGGGAACAGAACUAUCACAAACCAAUGGGUUUUCUUCGUCACACUGUUUUAUAGUACUCACCACAAGCGACGUCAUACACGUGACACACACGACGUAAUCCACACGUGUAUGAUGUUAAUGUAAAACAUCAACGCUAGAGAUUGACCAGUCUCGAUUACCCACGGAAAGAGAUUCCAUUGGGUUGGUUGGUUGGUUUGUUGUUUAACGCCGCUCUCAGCAAUAUUUCAGCUAUAUG